GCUGGACCGCAAGGCCGGAUUCUCCCCGAGCGCGAGCGCGGGUGUGCCGGGCAGGGCGCGCCGGGGCGGGGGCAACCCGGGCAGGGCGCAUCGCGCGGCCGCUACUCCGCCAUGCUCAAGCGCUGCGGUCGCCGCCUGCUGCUCGCGCUGGCGGGCGCGCUGCUCGCCUGCCUGCUGGUGCUCACCGCCGACCCGCCGCCGCCCCCGGUGCCCGCCGAGCGCGGCCGGCGCGCGCUGCGCAGUCUGGCGGGCUCCGCGGGGGCGGCCCCGGCGUCCGGGCUGGAGGCUGCAGAGGCGCCCCGGGCGCUCGUCCGCGAGGUGCACAGUCUGUCGGAGUACUUCAGCCUGCUGACGCGAGCGCGCAGGGAGGCGGGCCCACCACCCGGGGGCGCCCCCCGCCCCGCCGACGGCCCCCGGCGGCCCCCAGCCGAGCCGCUGGUGCCCCACGACGUCUUCAUUGCCGUCAAGACCACCAGAAAGUUUCACCGCGCGCGCCUCGACCUGCUGCUGGAGACCUGGAUCUCGCGCCACAAGGACAUGACGUUCAUUUUCACCGACGGGGAAGAUGAAGCCCUGGCCAGGCACACGGGCAACGUGGUCAAUACUAACUGCUCAGCUGCCCACAGCCGCCAGGCUCUGUCCUGCAAGAUGGCUGUGGAGUACGACCGCUUCAUCGAGUCAGGGAGGAAGUGGUUCUGCCACGUGGACGAUGAUAACUACGUCAACGUGCGGGCUUUGCUGCGACUGCUGGCUAGCUUCCCGCACACCCAGGACGUGUACAUAGGCAAGCCCAGCCUGGACAGACCCAUCCAGGCCACCGAGAGAGUCAGCGAGAACAAGAUUCGUCCUGUCCACUUCUGGUUUGCCACUGGCGGGGCUGGCUUCUGCAUCAGCCGCGGACUGGCCCUGAAGAUGAGUCCGUGGGCCAGCGGCGGUCACUUCAUGAACACGGCUGAGCGGAUCCGGCUGCCGGAUGACUGCACCAUCGGCUACAUUGUCGAGGCGCUGCUGGGUGUGCCCCUCAUCCGGAGCGGUCUCUUCCACUCGCACCUGGAGAACCUGCAGCAGGUGCCUACCUCUGAGCUCCGUGAGCAGGUGACCCUGAGCUAUGGCAUGUUUGAAAACAAGCGGAAUGCCAUCCACAUGAAGGGACCCUUUUCUGUGGAGGCUGACCCAUCCAGGUUCCGUUCCAUCCACUGCCACCUGUACCCGGACACACCCUGGUGUCCCCGAACUGCCAUCUUCUAGUAGCUGUGGCUGAGACCCUGUCUCUGGGCGCCCCUGGUAUCCAAAGGGCCCAGGGACCCUGUUGUGCUGCCCUGGCCUUGGCAUUCGAGGCUCCCCCAGGGCUGUGCCACGCACAUGUAUUUAGUGUCCCUGUCCGUGUAGCAGACUGCUGGGCAGUUCUGCUCUGCUGAGGAGCAGUCACAAGUGCCACUUGUCUGCCUUUCCUAGCUCUUCAGGUCUGCGGGCUCCAGAGCCCAUGUCCGGAAGGAUCUGUGCAUCAGAGGUGGCUCUGAGGGCAGUUUUACUGUUAUUACUUUGAGGUCUUUGGGCUGCUCUGCAGGAUGUGCAGGUGUCUUUACACUCCUGCUGCUCACAGACUCUGUGCUGGGGCCCCUGCACCCUGAGAUCCUGACUCUUGCCUCAGAACCCAAACCCCAAGGAUAGCUGGGCCAUGCUCAGUACAAGAAAAAUGGGUUUUGGGGUGAGUGGCUUGGGUCUCCUUCUCCCCCUGAGCUGUAGGCUGGGCACUCUGUGGCUCUGAGUAAUAGCAGCCACUGUCUGGGCCCAGGGCCCCAUUAAGUCUCCAGUGGCCAUGUGGCUGGGGGAAUAAUGACUUCCUUCCCUGCCCUCCUGGGUCGUGGGGGGGGGGCGGGGUGUCUUCCCUUUGUCUCCUCUUAUUGGGGAGUCAGAGCUAAGCAUUUUAUCUCCUCUCCAAAGUAGAGAGAAAGUCACCCAUAGUGGGUGUGUCUGUAAAUAUUGUGACAGUAUUUUUUUACUGUGCUUGUUUUUCUAAAGGGGGUGGGCAAAAAGUAGGGUGUAUUUGUUUUUGGGGGGGUAGGGGAGGGUGUUAUUUUAUCUUUUCUGUGGAUCAGAAAAAGCAGAAACCAAACUUGGGAUAAUCUUUGUUUUUAAAGCUGAUGGAAAUGUCUGAUACUUUAUGUAUUUAUGUGUCCCAACAUCUGGAUUCUCCCUGCCCUCCUCCUGCAUAUUCCUGUCUCCUGGGGCCCAGUUUGCUCACCUGGCCUCCAAGCUGCGUUGUGUCUUCUGUUUUUCUUUCUGCAAAUACUUAGCUAGGGAAGCAAGCGAUAAGGGAAAAUUUCUCAGGGAAUUGAUGUGUGGUUGCUAUGGUGACAUCCUUUGCUGUGAAUAAAGGUGCUUUGGGGCAACCUGGGGGUUCUGGUCUUGGUUAGAUGCUGGGCCUGAGCUGCAGGUCCAAAGAAGUGUCUGCAUUUGGGAUGGGAGCUCAGUCCUGUUUCCCUUGCCACGGUGGGAAAUGGUGCAGAACCCUCUGAGCCAACUAUUAUAGAAGAAAACUUGGGAUCUUGCAGGUGCCUGAAAGGUGUGGUCAACCCAGGACACCUAUGAUGUAGUCAGGGGGUUACCAGAUCCCCAGUUUCUACCCAGGAGAACAACUCCCAGACUCUGGUACCCCUGCCUGAUCUGAAUCUACUGCCUGGGUGUCUGUUGCUCUUUGACCUGGCCUGAAACGUCUUUUUCCUCACUCCAUUCCCAUCACAAACCCUCAGAGGCCACAACCUUGUCCCAUUUUGCACAUGGGGACACUGAGGCUCAGUGUAGGUGAUCCCCAAGCCCAGGCAGCUGGGCUGGUAGGGUGGUAAAAUGCUCAACCUCAGGAUAGUCUGGCCUUGGAUUCCAGCCUCCUCUCCCUCCCUUGUUUGGGGAGGUUAGGGGAGUCCCAUGGGGCUGCCCCAUUGGGUCUCCAGCCCUCACCUGGAUCUAUCUCAGGGGUGUUGGCCAGGAUUUAGACUCUCUUUUUUUUCUUCAGAAAGUAGCUUCUUGGCCCUUUCUUCUUGAAAUGCAGCCUUUGGGGGUGGGGGGCAGGGCUGCACUAGCCUCCAUCUGGGGAAUUCCCUCCUCACCCCGCUCCUGGCAGCUGGGGCAGCCUUCACUUCCUCUUCCUCCAAAUGAGACACCUCCCUGCCCCCCUGCAGGUCCUUGCUCUGUGGCCUGAGCUCCUGGUUCCCUGUGACUGCCACACACUCCUGUCUUCCCCCAACUCUGAUGCAAGCUCAUCCUUAUCAAAACAUCAGAAGGCAGGUGGGCUUUGAGACGUAUGUCCCCCCACUUGCUGAGGACAGCAUGCCAGCCCUCUUCCUCCCAGACACAUGCUCACAUAACACCCCCAAACAGGCUGGGGAGGGUCCUUCCCUAGCCCAUGCCGGUGGCUGUCCUGGCCGGGGUGGGGGUGUGUGUGUGACUGAUUGGGGUCUGACCUCUUGUCAUAGACAGCCCUGAGUCAGCAAGUGUGGUUUCCAGAACACCCAGAAGCUUUCCAGGCAAGGCCUAGGGUGGUGGGAAGGAAGAUAGCCAAACCUAUACUUGGGGGUGCCCCCAGUCUCAGCACCCCCUGUGUGCCAGGUGGGUGGAGGUGGUGACUGCAUGUCAUUGGGCGGCACCAGGCCCUGUGCUACAGACUAGGAAACCAAAAGUGUACUUGUGUGUGGGUGUCCGAGCAGAACCGCUGCUAUGCAGUAGCCUUCCCGCCUCAGUGAGUAACAGCUCCUGACUUGGCGGGUAGAGACCCAGGGCCCCAGCACUACCUCCCACAGCUGCCACAGCCUCUUGGCAGAGCUGGCACCUGGCCUGAGGGUAGAGGUGUGGCUCUGUGGCCCCCAUGGGGCUAUUGGUAGAUCGUAGCACUUGGUCUAAACACUGUAGGGGCUGGGGCACCAAAUGGAGAUGCCAGGGCAGGUGGGGAGGACCACCGUCUGAGAAAUGGGGAUAAAUGUAGUCAGGGGCCUGGCCGCGGCCUGGGAGGAGUCCACAGGCCCUUUCCUCUUCUAAACAAGCAGCUGAGGGAGGAAGGGAAGUUUCUCCUUCCUCAGAAGGGAAGCGGGCGCAGGAGAGGCCUUACAGGAACUGGGCAGCCUGAUUUCUUCCAUCCGCAGCCCUCAGGGGUGUGAGGAAGGGGCCCUCCCCUCAGAAGAUGAGUCACUGUGACCUCACUUCUCCUUGAGACAAGUGUGGGGUAGUGACGGGCCCCACCCUUGGUGGCAACAAUACCCCACACAUUGGGUUAGUGGCUGGUGGGAGACAUUCCUGGCUGGCCCACGGGGCUCCACAUCCCCUAGCCUGGCUCAGUCUGGCUCCUCCCAAACUGCUGGUAGUUUGUGGACUUUCAAAGCCAUAGGGGCUGUUGGGGUCUCAGUGGGGUCCAGCUCCCUGAGUGUCUGGGGAGCCCACUAGAGCGGGGUUUGGGAGGGGCCAGAAAGGGUGCAGGGUGGGCCCCUGCAUACUCAUUUGAAACAACUUCCCUUCCACUGGGGCCAUGCCCAGAAGACGGACUUCCCCAGAAAAAGUGUGUCUGAGCUGGAGGAAGGCUUUGUAGAGGAAGGGUAGGGAGAGCUCCAGAUAUCUGACAGUUGAGGGGGAAGGUGG